AUGGUAUCCCGCUAUACAUCAUUCAAAUGGGGGCUAACUAUAGUCACCCUUUACGUAUUCUAUGCGUGGACGUUUAUUUGUCCAAUCAAUAAUGUUUCUCCAUUUCACAAAUCACAUAUAAAGCCAUUAUCUCCAAUAAACUACAAUUUUUGUACAGUUAGUGAUAGAUACUUUAAACCAAUCUAUUUGGAUACAGUUAUUCCUGCCUAUCAGUCAAAUGUAUAUCCUAUCGUUCAUGCUUGUGAUGAGACUUUGGGAUUGGCUCAGAAGUAUGAGACUGGUAUUAGUGUCAUGAGAGCCAUUGAUGAUAAAGUUCAUUUGGUAAGUAAUGUAAAGCUUGCUGCUUCUUAUUUGUGGAAAUAUGUGGCUGUAGCGGGUAAUUAUUUGCAGGUAAAUGUUGUACCUUAUUUUGAAGUGGGUUAUCAAUGGAUUGAAUCCAGGUUCAUUAAAUAUUGUUCAUUGUUGAAAUACCAAUGGGAUAUAUUCUAUCCAAAGGCAUGGACUUGGAUAUCUACAUCAAUCGCAAGUGAUAUAGUUCGACAGGGUUGGAGCAAGUUUGUUUCUUUGAAAGCUGUUCAAUCCAUUAUAGAAUGGUAUUCGCAAUUCUUUAAAAGAAUCAGUGAAUCAAAACACGCUGCUAAAUCUAGACAAAUGACUCAAUUCCUCAAAAAUGAAUUCAAGAAUUUACAUAAAUUUGAUGAGUUUACCCCUAAUGAAGCAAAACUGAAGAAUAUUGUUCAGAUUGUAAAGGAUUUAUUAAAUAUCUAUUAUGAAGAAGAAUAUUCAAGUUCCGAUUACGAAGGUGAAGAGCAUUUAACCAUAGUUAUCACAUCUACAAUUACCGCAUCUACAAUUACCGCAUCUUCAACUUCCGCGCUUUCGGUUGAAACCGAUCCUGUAAUUUCCCAACUUCAAGAUGAAAUCAAUUAUUGGCAAAAGAAAGUUAACAAAACCAUUGAAUUGGCUGUUACUCAUCUUGAACUUGAAAUGAAAACUAAAAUCGAACAUAUCAUCGAAUCAAUUAAACCAAAUAUCAGCAGUGAGUUCCAGGAUUUACAAAAGAAUCAUUACAUGCAAUAUAAAUCCUUAAAUGAAAAGAUUAGCAAGAUCCACAAAGAUGCCGAACGUAUAGCCGAUACCAAUGAUACUUCAAUAGAAACUAUUACUAGACAAGAAAUAAGAGAUGAUAUAGCUGCAAGUUAUAGUUUAGCUGAUCAAUGCUCCCAACGAGUCCAAUCCAUCCUCACCGAAAAUCAUAAUUAUAUAUUGGAACAAUAUUUUACUGAAAUUCAAAAUACUAUUGACAUUUUAGAAACAUAUAGUGAAACUACCAUGACCCAAUUUCUGAAUAGGUUAACAGCCUUAAUUACCGACUUAGAUAUUGUUGAUGAUGCAGUCAGUUGGAAAAUGUGGCAACAAUUUCAUAAAAUAAAAGAAUCCUUAUUUGAUUUCCGAGAUUAUUUAUAUGAUUCCGCUCAUGAAUAUAAAAAAGAUAAUAAAAAGGCGGAGAUGAAAGUUGUGGGAAUGAAUGAAUGGAAUGAAUAUUUGAAGAAUAUUGAAUUUCAUUUGAAUUUUUUGAUUAGAGAUAAUGCUGAUUAUUUACAAUUGGUUAGAGCUAAGGCAAAUGUUGCUUUCCAAUUGCGGGAAGGGUUGGUGCAUGAUUUGACGCAGAUGGAAAAACGGGGUAUUAAGUUGAUUAAAUAUGGUAAGCUUGAAGAGGAGGAUACUGAAUCGAUUGAUGAUGUUAAAGAAGAAUCCCAAUCAACUAUUGACAAGGGGACUUUCGUUCAUUCGGUCACUGUUAAAGAACAAUCCCAAUCACCUAUUCAAAGUGAGUCUUCUGUUGCAUCAGUUCAUAAACAAUCACAAUCCAUUAUUCAAGAAGAGCCUUCUGCUAGUUCAGCUGAAUCCUCUUCUAUUGAAAUCAAAUCAAGUUUUGAAAGUGCUUCUGCUACACCUGGCUCAAUUAACGUCAAAUCUAAUGUUCCAAUAUCGCAAUCCAACUUAACAGAAAGUAGCUUGAAUGGUGAAGGUAAGACAAAAGCUGAAUCUAGUUCGUCUGUUGUAGGCUCAAGUCCUGAGAUAAAACCAGUGAGCUCUAUUGAAAGUUCAAAACAAUCAACUGAAGAAAGGAUAGAGCGUGAAUCAAGCAGUAGUGUCGAAGUACAACUAUUGAAUUCAACAGUCAGUAGUGACACUUUGGAAACUCCUUCAAUUAUACAAAAGCCAGCUGAAUCAACUUCAACUGAAAGGAAAUCUACCAUUGAUACACUGGUGCAUGAAUCAACUGAUACUAAGGAUAAAUUGGAAAAGCAGAUAAGUGAACAUCAAGAAGAUAAGUCUAAUUCAAGUAUCAGUAUUGGCAUAUCUCAAGAAACUGAAGGCAAAUCCAAUGAAGCUACAUCUGUCGAUAAAAUAAUGGAACAGCCAAGCCUAGUAAACUUAUCAACUUCACUUCAAUCCAAUGGUUCAUCUGAAUCAAUCUCCAGUCAAUUCAAUUCAAGUACGAUCACUAAUGGUACUGAAGAACAAAUUGAUCCUUCUUCACAACUAUCUGACAAAUCAGAUGAAUCUGUUGAAUAUAUCAUUGAAGAAUUUGAAGAAUUCGUAGAAGUCCUUGACGAUUAA